UGACAAGUGUGAGAGAUGUGGUGUUAAGGAAAAUGUGGAACAUAUUUUAAUACACUGUCUAAAGUAUGCUUCAGAGAGAGAGGCUACAGAGAAAAGUCAGUGCAGCGCAGCAGGACUGGAGUAUGGCUGGAAUUCUAGGAACUGAAGGGGAAAGAGAAAAGAUCCAAGUUGUAAGGAAAGCAUUAUUCAGCUUUCUGAAAGAGACCCAGUUGAUGGGUAGAAUCUAGAGGUGGGGAUAUGACGCUACACACUCUUGUACAGUAGGUGGCGGUAUGCACCUGAACGUUGCUUGCGAUCCGCCAUUAAACGAAAGAAGAAGAAGAAGAAGAAGAAGAAGAAGUAAGGCGAGUGGAACUCAUCUAUUGGUUCGUUGUUUUCCAGGGACAAAACACUGUGCAGUGUCACACUGAAAGCGUUCCGGAGUUAAGAACAGGACGUUUGUUAGCGUAUAGGUUAUUUGCGAUAAAAUUUGUAUGUUGUGUUAGUUUAAAAUUAAACGCACAGUGAAAUGUUUUAAUGGCUGUGUUCACAGAGUAACUGUCUAAGCAACAGAUGCUCUCCAUGCAGUGUGCUCCUUCCCCCUGAGGCUGUCAUCAGCUGUUUGAGGCUGACAGCAGAGCAGGAUGUCAGACAGUGGGAACCAGUCAUGCCUGAUGGGAGCAGAGGACACUCUGUCCUUCCUGGUGUGUGUAUUUCAUGCAUGGGAGGAAUGGGUAGGCCUCGGCCAGUUGGAGGACUAUCUGAGUGUUUUGGAGUACCUGUUGUGGGUCUUCACUCCUCUGGCUAUUGUCUUCCUUGUGCCCUUCCUCAUUGUCAUCCUCCUCUACCUCUCUAUACUCUUCCUUCAUGUCUACAAGAGGAAGAAUCAGCUGAGGGAAGCUUACUGCAACAACCUGUGGGAUGGAGCCAGGAAGACCCUGGCUACUCUGUGGGACGGACAUGGAGCCAUAUGGCAUGGUUAUGAGAUCCAUGGGAUGGAGAAGAUCCCUGACAAAGGACCAGCACUGAUAGUGUACUAUCAUGGAGCCAUUCCCAUCGACUACUAUUACUUCCUGGCCAAUGUUAUCAUCCAAAAGGGACGGCCCUGCCACUCUGUGGCUGACCACUGCCUCUUCAAGAUCCCAGGUUUCAAGUUACUGUUGGAGGUGUUCAGUGUGAUCCAUGGUCCUCAGGAGGAGUGUGUGCGGGCUCUGAAGAAUGGUCACCUAUUGGCAAUUUCUCCAGGAGGAGUGCGGGAGGCUCUAUUCAGUGAUGAGACCUACCCUCUUCUCUGGGGCAAACGCAGAGGCUUCGCCCAGGUCGCCAUCGACGCUCAAGUGCCAAUAAUUCCAAUGUUUACUCAAAAUGUGCGGGAAGGCUUCAGAUGUCUGGGAACACUCAGAUUUUUCCGCUGGAUGUAUGAGAGGUUUCGCAUCCCAGUAGCUCCUAUUUAUGGUGGAUUUCCUGUGAAGUUUCGGACCUUCCUUGGUGAUCCCAUCCUGUAUGACCCCAACAUCAGUGCUGCAGAGUUGGCAGAGAAAGUGAAGCAGGCAGUCCAGUCUCUGAUUGACCAGCACCAGCAGAUACCAGGGAGCAUCCUAAGAGCCUUGUUGGAGAGAUUCCACACUAAACACAAAUACCAUUAACAUCAGCAGUACAACAACAGAUACAAAGUAUCCAAUGUAUGACCAAAACAACAUCAACAUCGGCUCAGCAGGCUGCAGUGUGCACAGGUUUGGCCUAACGUGUUGGAAUAUUUGCACAGCUUUCUUCACUGCUUCCAAACACCACUGACUGCAGCUGCUGAGGUUCCUAUUACAAACAUGUUCCAUGCAUGUUUGUGAUAUGUUUCCUUGCAUACAUUGGCUCCCUUUUUAUCUGAUGAUUUGCUUAAAGCUAGACUUCCUGAAGUUGUUAUAUUGACCCUUGAAAAUAAUCAUACCUCAAAAACAGUAAAUGAAAGGAUAAUUAUUUUUUCAAUACACAUGCACAUCUAAUUUCUUGUGUUCCAAUAUCUUUAUCUUAAUUGAUUACAAUGUGGUCAGUUAAAGAUUGUGCUCAGGACUGAUCUGUGGGCUGAUUGGUUGGUUGAACUAAUAGAUGUAAUUUGUCAUUGUAGAUGUUUUCAGUGUGUAUAUAUGGGAUUCAGACAAUUUCCAUAUUGAAAAUUGUGAUAUUAGUAAAUUUAUGUCAGCAAGAAAAUCCUAAUGUUGGUUAACUAAUACAUUUAGUUUAUUGUCCAUGCCUAUUAAUUGCAGUGACUAUGCAGACAGCUGCUUGUUCUGAUAUACUUUAACAUCAUUUUGAGUUUGCGCAUCUUCAGUUUCAUUCACCUUGUAGUAACCAGUGAAACAUACACUAUUUCAUGGGAGCAGGCUGCAGGGUUAGACUUCACAGGUAGAGUAGACAGAGCUGAACCCACUGGUUAAGACUGGCCCACUAUAAAAGGCUUUUUGGUUUUGAUUUCUUCAAAGUUGGAGUUUCAUGUAUGAACCACAGACUGUAUAAAAUAAUGGUAAUUGGUUUGUAGACUCCGGUUUUAAGCCUCGAGUUUGGCAUUUGGCAUCACAAUCUUGGAUUUUUGGAGCCAGAAGUGAUCAUAUUCAAACAAGAGGGUGGAGAUUACUCUAAGGCUAGCAUAGCUAUGGUUAACUGUGAUAACACCAAUGCUAAAGCUAAUUUUUGCCACAGAAAAACGAAGUUUAAAACCAUAAAAAUAAAAUGUACUUACUGGAAAAACUAAAUAUUUAACUGCUUAGAGGGUCUUCUAGUUCAACCAAAUGUUGAAAAAGACUUUGUUAGGCAACCAAAAUGUCACAGUUAACUUCAUGAAUCAAAAACACACUGAAGUAGUGAUGCCUCGUACUCUGUGAAUCUAGUGUUAUGCAACAGUUACGUUACCAAACCAAUGUUGCCAUUGUUGUAGCCACUUGACAAUGGAUGGCACCCACCUGUCACCUAAAGUGGCAAUGCCCUUAAUGUUGCGUAACUUUAAGCCUUAAUAUAAACAUUCAAGAUUUAAACAGGUGAUUAGGUAUAGAGACCAAACCAUGUUAAUUUCUGCUGUUAAGUUGGGCAUUUUAAUGUGGGUUUAUGACUUGCUCUUGGAGCCAUCUUCAAGUGGCCAUUAGAGGAAUUGCAGAUUUUGGCACUUCUACAUUGACUUCAUUUUUCAGCCUUGGAGAUUGCUGCUUGGUAGGAACCAGUAUCAUACUUGCUCCAAGUACAUACAGAACACUGACCUAAGGUGACAGGAGUACGACAACAUUGUGUAAAUGAGAUUAAUUUGUAUAUAGAAUUAGUGAACAGGAAUUUCAAGGUUAGAUCAUUUUUUUAGGGUAACUGAAAUUGUCUGGCAUCUGCGACUGUGGGUGUACACCUGAGCUCUCAAGGCUGGUGAGAAUAGGGCUUUGAUCUCUCACGCACCAACUGUUGACACUGUCGUCAACUGUUCCUAACCAUAGUUCCUCCCUGGACUAAGUCAUUGUCAAGACUGGGUAAAUGUUUAGACCUCUAGCCAUAGAUCUGGAUCUACCAUACAUGCACAGGCCUCUGAUGUUUGUUGAACCACAUUGUCUAGACUAGGCAGGUCAUCUUCUAGGAUAAUCUCAUAUGCAAGAUUCUCCAACACCCCCACAGAAAGCAUAAAAGCUUAGCCCCUUAAUCUCACAAGUCAUAUUAGCAGUAGGGUAGUUCUGGCUGUCACCUUCCACACAAGUAAUAUUCACAACCCUUUCAUUACUGGGUCGAAUAUUGCUGACCAAAUGUGUCUUUAGUUACUACUAGUGUCUGCUAGUGCUUUUAGCGCUUAACCAUUUAUGGUAACAUGUACGAUUUCCUGCUCUGGUCUGGGUACUGAACACAUUUCAGCAGCUUUGGAUAGCCUUGUGGCCAAGUUGUUGACAAUGAAGACCAAUGAAUUGACCCUUUGGCUGACUCUGUAAACCUUUCUCCAACCCAACUGCCAGUAUUACCACAAUCUGUUGGAUUUGGUGGUCUAUACCCCUCAUACUUCUGUUUCACUGUAGACAUCCUUUUUCUUGAUGGUGUAAUGCCAUGCACCAAUCUGCCAAUCCAGCUGCUUCUUCUCCAGCCUUUGGGCUGUGCUCCCUCACCCAGGUGCUAACUUCUGGUAAAAGUACUUGCAGAUAAUGCUACAAAGUGAUGAUCUCUCCAAGCUGAUCGUUGGUAUGGUUGUCUGGACGCAUCCAGCACUUGUACAGCCCCUUCAGUCGGUUAUAAUGCUCUUGGAUUGUCCCCCCUGCUGGAGCAACCAUGCUCUGCCUGCUCUUCAUCAGCGUACACCAGCUCAAUGCCAGCAUAAGGGAUGAUGCUGAAAAGACUGGGAAUAUAGCCCUUAAAAAAUGCCCUCACUCCCUCCUUCAGGAUUUUCUUGGCACAGUCAAAUAUUCCUGAGUACUGUCUGGUCUUCCUCAGGGUCAAACUGGACCUCCAUGCAGUAGAUGGCAGUUUGUGUUGUUGCUCCAUCCAGCGAUCCAGCCAGGAACCUCUUGUGGGUCUUGAUCUUCCCUGGUUCUCUGGUCAGCUGUUUCUUAUCCUGCUCAUAGACCAUAAAUUUAAUGGCAGUCUCAGGGGCCAUCUUCAAUACAUUGAUACCAUUUUGUCUCUAUAGAGACAUCAAGCCUUCUUCUUUUAAUACUUGCUGAAAGUGACAGUUUACCCAAAAAUCCUGUAGUGCAAUCUAUAUAGUUUUGGUGUGAGUUGCCGAGUGUUACAGAUAUCCACCGUAGAGAUGUCUGCCUUCUCUC